AUGGAGGAUCACCACGUCCUGGGAGAGGACCUUCCACUGCCGCCUGCGCGCCUUUUCGAGCGCCUGGCAUCUCUUCCUGGAUAUAUCUGGGACACCACAAUCGAGCCCUUCCACUCAACAUACGACAAUUGGCACGUCUUCGGAGUUAGGCAGGUGCAGGACCACGACGCCUCCACCCCCGCCGCGACAUCUUCCGGCCCUUCCAGCACAUCGCGAGAGUCCUCGCGCAUCGACGUGAGACCGCCAUUCCGGCAUCAUUGGCGAAGCAGCUUGAGCGAAUCUAGUAGCGACUUCUCCACAUCUCGAGUCGAACACGAUCAGCCAUGGGUUCCCGUCGUUGCUCGCAUUUCAACCCAUGUCGUCCGGUUGGAGCGAGAGUUCCAUAUGAUGCGCUCCAUCGUGCAAGUUUCUGACCCUGACUGCGUUCAUACCGUCCGUCCCAUCGAGCUGGUUAGGCUUCCUCCAGAACCUAGUGAUUCUAGCUCUAUUCUAGUAGCCGUCGUCGAGUCCCCCGGCCCCAACGACCUUGGAAAUAUUGUCGCCUUCGGCCCCGCCUUUUUCUUGUUCGGAGCAAAUAGCGACAGUAGUACUAACUCAACACCGGGAGAGCAAGUGUCUCUUCCCUUAUUUCUAGACUUUGCUAUCGGCGCUUGUGAUUGUUUGGAGCUGCUGCACUAUGGCUUAAAGGCCAUCCAUGGCGAAAUACGUGGGGACGCCUUCCACUUCAAUCGAACCACCGGUCUCGUCAAGCUAGUCAAUACAGGAAAUGGUGCUAGAGCAUUUGAUAAUGCACUAGGCGAGGGUUGGUCUACUCUGUCUCGUGAAGUUGGUAUCAAAACCAAACUACAAUUUGUCGCCCCUGAACAAACCGGCCGGCUCCCAACAGAACCGGACACCCGGACAGACAUUUAUGCUCUGGGAGUCCUUUUCUGGAUCAUGCUUGUGGGGAAGCCGGUGUUCACGGGUGCCACUCCGCGAGACAUUGUCCAAAAUGUGCUGGGCAAAAGAAUACCUCCAGUGUCUUCCAAGCGGAUGGACAUCCCCGAUGCUCUGUCUGGUGUGAUCCAGAAAAUGACACAAAGAGAGGUGAACGAAAGAUACCAUACCAUCACGUCUGUCAAAAGAGAUCUUGAAAAAAUAGCCAAGCUUCUCGGCGAUGGAGACAGUAAUUCGCUGAGCAUAUUCAAGGUUGGUCAAACGGAUGUCUCGUCGUUUUUCACGCUGCCGUCCCAGAUGUUCGGCAGAGAGGACGAGUACAAGAAAAUCGUCAAUGUGGCGGAGAAAAUGCACCGGCGUCACCAUGUUUUGCAUGCAAAAUCAAAUGCUCAAAGCAGCGCCCUUGGCUCCACAUCGUCGAUAUCUGAUAGCCGUGUAGACAGCUUUGAUGUGGUUGAAGGCUCUAGCGAUUCGGGGUCUGCCCAUGUUGUUUCUUCUCGAAGCAACUCGAAUGCCGGCCACUACCUUCUCACUCAUGCUCUGACGCAUGACUCGACACAAAGCACGGAGUCUUCAGUCUCUACUGAGAGGGCUACCAGCCUGUUCAACAAGUCAAGAGUUUACACCGAGUACAAGUCUGUAAAUGACAGUGGCGACCGAGAUUCUUCUCAUUUGUCCACGGCCGGUAGCUCGCAAAGCCAUAUAGAGCCACUGAAUGCUAUCGGUCGACAUAAAUCGGCACAAAAAUUGCGUCGGCAUGGACGCUGUGAGGUUAUCACUAUAACCGGAAGCGCCGGGAUAGGAAAAUCUGACCUCAUUCAGCGUAUACAUGCGCCAAUUCGAAAGCUAGGUUACAUUGGGGUCGCGCGACUUGACCGCGCACGAAGGGUUCCCUUCGAACCCUUCGCCCGAAUUCUGGCUAGUCUUUUUCGUCAGAUAUUUUCUGAAAGUGAGGUAACCUCUGAUUAUCAUAAUAACGUACGGUCUUUAUUGCGGCCGCUAUGGCCAACCCUCCACCAAGUUCUUGGACUCCCCGAGCAGCUUAUAUCUCUCGGUCAGAAGGAUAAAGCUGCCUCGCCGCAAGCAAAGGUGGCCCAGCAUUUAUUAAAAGAAGGGCCAAAACCCGAGGUAGCUAAACGACCAAGCUUUGGCCAUACCUCUGCUCCUACCGAGAUAGUCCUACCUAAAGCGCCAAACAAGAACAUGCGCCUGAGGGAGACCUAUAUGGAUAUCAUGCGAAUUGUCUGCCAACAACGACUAGUUUGUGUGUGUCUGGAUGAUCUUCAAUAUGCAGAUGACGAGACAGCGGACCUGAUAGUCAAUAUCAUCAAAGCCAGGAUCCCUUGCUUACUGAUUUUAACUGCACGCAAACAUGAGAUCGAAUCAAUAGACACACAGUCUCUAUUCAAUACCGAGGGCCCGAACAUUACGAAAAUCGAGUUGCAUCCAUUGGAAGAAGAGGAUAUUAUGAAAUAUGUAGCCGUUACGAUGCAUCAAACCUCCAAUACAUCGACCCCCAAUGCAUUAACGCCACUGUCCGUUGUCGUUAUAGAAAAGAGUCGGGGCAACCCUUUCUUUAUCCGAAUGAUGCUGGAGACCUGCUACCGCAAGAAUUGUAUUUGGUACUCUUGGCGACGUGGUGCCUGGGAAUUUGACAUCGAUCGGAUUUUCACCGAAUUUGUAUCUCCCGAUUAUGGUGAUAGCCUUGGCACAGAUUUCCUUGUCAAACGCUUCCAGGAAAUGCCUUCUGAAGCUCGUUCUAUUUUGAUAUGGGCUGUGUUCCUAGGAAGUCCAUUUUCGAUUUCUCUGAUACAAAAGCUUCUGACAGGCGAGUUCUGGUACGACGGCGGAGACAUGGUCGCCGAUCAUGCUGCUUCUCGUUGUCAGAAACCGGUAGAGUCACCUCGUUCGGACGCCGAUCUCAUCGCGGGACUUCAGUAUCUAGUCCAAGGCUAUAUCAUUUUGCCGGGGGAUACCGACGAUGAAUUUCGAUUCGCACACGAUCGGUUCUCUCAAGCUGUCUCAACGCUAAGCCAAUGCCAUGAUGUUGAAAAAAUGCACUUCAUCAUUGCUCAGACCUUGAUGAAACAGGUAGCAGAUGAUAAAGAAACGUACCCCAAAGCAUAUCACAUAUGUCAAGCUGCGCGCCUUAUCAAGGAACGAGUACACCACCGUGCUCUUUAUAGAAAGGUCCUCCAGUAUUCCACUCAAAGAGCGAUCGACUCGGGUGCUCGAGCAACUGCACUUUGGUACUCUCGAAAUUGUCUCGAUCUGCUGCAACCAGACUGCUGGGAUGACGAUGCAUCAGAUGUGGAUUACGAAGAGACUCGAAAACUUCAUAUAUCAACAGCGGAACUGCUCUGGUAUCAAGGGAAAAAUGAAGAGGCCCUGCAGCUUCUGGCAGAAAUUUUCCAAUAUGACAGAACAGCCGCGGGAAAAUCGAAGGCCUGGAUUAUAAAAAGCAAGAUAUCUACUCGAGAAGGCGACUUCAACGGGGCUAUGGAUUCUUUACUCACUUCAUUGGAGGAGCUUGGAGUUCGCAUUCGCCAGCCAACCUCAUACGAACAAUGCGACAAUGUUUUCCAUAGCCUGGGCCAUCAUUUGACUUCUGUCAAUCUUGAGAACAUGAUACGACAGCCCGUGAGCAGGGAUCCGAAAAUGGUCGCCAUCGGAGAUGUCAUUGCGGAGGCCAUGGCUGUAGCUUUCUGGGGUGACGACCUGACAUUCUUGCAUAUGAGCACUGAGAUGAUGAAGCUUCAUUUAUUUUCUGGUCGUUUUGCUCAAAUUGGACUAUCAUGCUCGCAUUUGGCCAUGGUGUCAUAUAGUCGGUAUAAAGAACUUGACGUGGCUAACCGAAUGGGCGAUUUGGCCUUGCUACUUUUUGAUACAUAUUCCGAUCCUUGGUCGCGUGGCGCCGGUCUCUCUAGCCACAUCCUUAUGGUGGAACAUCUCAGAAUUCCGCUACAAGCUGUCCUACCGGCCAUUGAACUUGCGGUGGAUGCUUCUUUCACUAGCUCUGAUCCGCAUAUGAUGCUCGCCAGUUUCGCCACAAUGGCUGCGACGCGGUUUUACUUGGGUCAAGACCUCGCGGCACUUGAAAGCUUCUGCAGUGAAACACCCGAGGAACUUUCUGGGUGGGUGCGUGAUGUCCGAGGAGGUGUACUCCUCGUAGCUGUGAAGCAAGUGGCACGAGCAUUGCAGGGCAAAACGUCCUGGCAGUCCCCUGAUUUGGUUCUGUCUGAUAGUGAGCACAACACUUCAGAAUACAUGGAUCACAUAAUUCGCCAUGCUAUGCGGGUAGAUCGCCCUUACAAUAUCUAUUGGAGUCAUGCUAUGAUUGCCCUCUAUGUAUUUGGCCAUCACGACAAAGCGAUUGAGGUUGGCACGCAUAUGCUAGAGAGUAUCGGCAGGUUAUGGUCUAUGAGGGCGGCUCAUUUAACCUAUUUCUACCUCGCGCUCUCGAUUAUGACGCAGCACUUUGAGAAUCCAAUCAACAGCAACUUGGAAUCUCGCAUGAAUGAUGUAGCUAUGUGUAAAGAAGAAAUCGAGUUUGCCGGCAAAGCGUGCGAAGUGAAUUACAAGAUGUGGUCGUCACUCAUUGACGCAAUGCUUUACGAGUAUAAAGGGGAAUUCAAUCACGCCAUCCGUUCCUACGAGGACGCUAUCGAUCAUUGCGAAGUUCACGGUUUUCCGUUUGAAGAGGCUUUGGCCCUUGAGCUCCACGGCGAAUUCCUUGUACGCCGUGGCGCGAAACGGUCUGCCCGUGCUAUCGUCAAAGAAGCAAUCGCCGCUUGGACAGGUAUUAGUGCUAUUGGAAAAGCAAAACACCUAGCCGAAAAACACGAGUGGCUCUUGAAAACGGCUGCCGCGUCCAGAUAUAUCGACAGCAGCACUCAAACCCAGGACACGCUUGUCAAUAUUAGCCAGAGUUCUGCGAUAGAGCCCCCGAUGGUUCAACAACGCCUGGAAGACGAUAGAAAGAAGAACUGGGUCGAAACCCAUGGCGUUGCCGUUCACGAUGGGCCGCUGGACAUACCCAGUGUCGGACUAGACAUUAUCGAUUUGUCAAGCAUCCUCGAGUUUAGUCAAGUCAUGUCUUCGGAGCUCCAAAUAGAUAAACUGUUGACCAAGAUGAUUGAAAUUAUUUUGGAGUCCUGCAAUGGAUCAGACACUGCUAUUAUUGCCACCGAUUUCGAAGACACUGGCUUUGCGAUAGCUGCAACUGGAACGCUUGAAGACGGCCAGAAAGCGUUCGUUGAUGGACUUGCCUUUUCCGAGAUGGAAGACAAAAUUGCGAAACAAAUCACCCACUAUACCUUGCGUAGUAAGGAAGAAGUCCUUGUGCACAACGUUCUUGAAGACGAUCGAUUUUCCAUCGUAACCGAGAGCUACCAAGCGCGGUAUCCUCUUGGCCGAUCUGUUAUUGCACUUCCUAUCAUUCAUGCCAACUCCUUACUUGGUGUCAUUCACAUUGAAGGCAAACCCAAUUCCUUCACUCAACGCAAUCUUGUCGUUCUCCGCCUUUUGUGCCAUCAGGUUGGCAUUUCUCUGUCCAACGCUCUAUUCUUUCGAAAGAUUGGCAAAGUCAGUGCCACAAAUGCUUCCAUGGUCGAAACGCAAAAGCGCGCGCUGGCUCAAGCCCGAGAUGCGGAGCAAAAAGCCAAAUUUGCCGAAGCUGAAGCAAACCAUAAUGUCAAGCUCAAGGAAGAUGCAGCCAGGGCCAAAUCUGUGUUCCUUGCGAAUGUUUCCCACGACCUUCGCACCCCGAUGAAUGGCGUCAUUGGUCUCUCUGAGCUUCUGAAAGGCACACCUCUGGACAAAGAACAGGAUGGCUAUGUGGAAUCUAUUCGAGUGUGUGCUGAUACCUUGUUGACCCUGAUCAACGACAUUCUUGAUUUCUCCAAGCUAGAGGCUGGCAAGAUGAAGAUUUCAACGGUACCUUUGAAUUUGAAAGAAACGAUCAGCGAGGUGGUUCGGGCACUUCGGUAUACACACCGUGACCGGGACUUGGAGACGAUUGAGGAUUUGGAUACUCUUCCAGGAGAUCUAGUCGUCAUGGGUGAUCCUGUACGCCUCCAUCAAAUCUUCAUGAAUCUUCUCAGCAACAGCUACAAGUUUACCCCUAAGGGGUCAAUCAAGGUUGCAGCCGCGGUUUCCCGUGAAGGCAAGGGCCGAGUACGUCUGGAGUGCUCCGUGGCAGACACGGGAAUCGGCAUCUCGGAAGAACACAAAUCACGGCUUUUCAGGCCAUUCUCACAAGCGGACAAUUCUACCGCUAGGUCCUACGGCGGUAGUGGAUUGGGUUUGAGUAUCUGCAAAGCCAUCAUCGAGGAUGUACUUGGAGGCAUGAUUUGGCUGGAGUCUUCGCCAGGCGUGGGCACGACCGUGACGUUUCAACUUGUUUUCCGUAAAGCGCCCAAGGAAACGCUUGCUGCAGCGCCAUGGACACAGAAAUUGAACCAGGCUGACACUGACGAUACUACGCGGGUCACCGCUCGAGAUCUCACCAAUAUUCCUCGCGAGAAGAUCCGGGUGUGCAUCGCAGAGGACAAUCCUAUCAAUCAAAAGAUUGCAGUUAGGUUUGUUAAGGGGCUUGGUCUUGAGUGCGAGGCUUUCAGCGACGGUCAACAGACGGUCGAGGCGCUAUGUAAUCAUGCUAGACAAGGAAAGCCGUUUCAUGUUGUCCUCAUGGAUGUGCAGAUGCCCGUCCUCGAUGGCUAUGAUGCCACCCGCAUGAUUCGCAAACAGUCCGACCCAAGUGUGAACCAAGUACUGGUCAUAGCCAUGACCGCUAGCGCUAUCGAAGGCGAUCGCGAAAAAUGUUUAGAUGCCGGGAUGAACAACUACCUGGCGAAACCAGUACGAUCGUCUGUUCUCAGCGACAUGCUGGACCAAUAUCUUGCGCCUACAAAACCCAAAGUACGUCGACGGGACAUUUCUCGCCAAACCAGUAAUAGCGUUCGCAAUAAGGAGGACGCUGUGACUCCAGGAAGCAACACGUCUUCGUCUUCUGCCAGUCAGGUUAUUGCACUUACACCGGAAGACGAACGGCAGCGUCGAUUAGAGCGCCAGGCUGUCGAUAACAAACAGAUUCCAGAACGUCCCAAACUUCCACCAUCCUCCAAACAAAACCAAAGCUCAGCAUCGUCCUUGGCGGGGAGAAAUUAA